GUGGUUCGAUCGUUUGAUUAUCCUCUGCAUCGUGCUGAACACAUUACUGAUGUGCGUCAAAGUAGUCCCAGAGCCAACAGCAAACUAUAACCUGGCGCUAGAAAUCGGGAACUUCUUCUUUCUCCUCGUCUUCAACGUGGAAUUCCUGCUCAAGCUUUACUUAUGAUAGGCCUACAUAGUCUUAGUCUUAGUCGUAGACUAGAGGUACUUCUAGUAGAAUAUCAUUAUGUUGUAGCACACGCAGAAGUUCAAGGUCUAGGGGAACAAGGUCUAUUUCAGCGGUUCUACCAUAAUUGUGCCCAUAUCAAAGUAAAUCCUCUUUUCAAGCACCACUUCUAAUAACAGCUAUGCGAUCUGCUUACUUCGAGCUGGGAUGGAACAAAUUUGAUUUUGCCUGUGUCCUCGCUAGUGACAUCGGCUUCAUCCUACAAGCCUCCGGAAGCGAGUUAUCUUCUUCCGCCGCUUCUUCCUUGCUCGUUCUGCGGACCUUCCGUGUAGCUAGGCUUUUCCGCCUAGCACGCUUUCUAAAAGGUCUCAAUAAGGUCUUCACUGCCUUCGUCCUGUCGAUUCCAAAGCUUCUGAACGUGGGUGGACUAGUGGCUUUGCUCCUCUUCUUCUACACCAUAAUAGGCAUGCAUUUGUUUGCACGCGUGCGAGAGUUCGGGGCAAACGUCUCCAUAGCGCAGCACAACCAAUACGCAAAUUUUCGGACAUUCGCCAAAGCGUUCUUGACGCUGUUCCGUACUAAAAUUGAUCUUGCUUAUUAAUGUUGUGCCUAUGAGAAGUCUCUCACUGUGCUUUCUUCUGCUGCACCAAUGUAUAGCAUACCAUGCAAGAUACAAAGAUCAUCUAGCCCAACUAUUUGUUUCGGAUCUUCCGGCUCCAGUUCCUGACUUCAGGUUGCGUUACCGGAGAAGGAUGGAACACGCUUAUGCAUAAUUACGCAGCGGACGAGUUUUUCUAUCGCUCUGUGCUGGAGCGUGAGUGUGUAGACUUCAUGGACAUGGAGAAGGACUACGAUUGGUACGAAUCGCAGAAUCUCAUCGCCAAUCCGAUUGAAUGUGGCUCCCGCUGGAGCUACAUCUUCUACAUCAGUUUCGUUUUCGUAGUCUUCAUGGUGUCGCUCAAUCUUUUUAUCUUAUGGCUUUCCCUCUAUCCUUAGGCUUAUCCCUUCGUGCAGUAUCUUAUGGCUUCUGAUUCUGGGACUUCCAUUGCUGUCACAGCUUGUAUUCGUCACAGGUCAACAACAGAUCAUAGCCUCAGAGCCCAUUUCCGUUGUGAAGUAGAUUAGAAAUUGCAACCGUCUAAGACUAGCAGUGAUUUUCGAGGCCUUCGACGAGUCGGCGAGCGUUGGGGAUGAAGCUUUUAUCGAGAUCGCGGAAAUCUGUCUGAACAACUGGCAGAAGUAUGAUCCUCAGUGUAGCUGCUACAUUCGUCUGGGAGACGCUCAGCAGUACAUCGAGACUAUGAUCCAGGGUCUUGACGUUGACCCAAAGUUCAAGACUGUAGCACGGCGACAGCUAAUGAGGGAGCCCGGCAGUUGGACUAUGGCAUUUGCGAAGUCGCUGUAUCUACGGAUAGACGCUAGAGGGCGCGUGCCUGUCGUAGCCUGUGUCUUGUCGAUCUUGCGGUUUUUGAUCAUCCAUCAGCAAGAAGAGUCGGACGGAAAGACUGACGACGUGGACGAUAUUGAGAUGGUGGAAAAGACGGUGAAAGAGGAGCAGACACGUCACAUCCUGGCGGAGCUUGAAGACAUGAAUGAGGAAUUUUAUCGAGCCAACACAGUGCUCGACUGGUCUCGACAGGCAGCGGCAGGGACGUAUCGAGGUGUCAUGCGUCGUCUAGAGAGCAGCAUAAGCUUAGUCGGAAACGCCGGGCAAAAAGGCAUGAAUCGAAUCUCAGGCGUUUUGCGCAGAAGCGCAUCUAGCGCAGCUAUUCUCGAAGGAGUGGACGAUGGGGAGACAAGGGGUCGACUGUCUGCAUCUCUUCCAUCCUCUCUUGACGAGGCUGCUGACAGUGAUCAACGGGGGGCAAGCUUUGCUCGUAGGGUAAGCCGAAGUAGUUCUUUCGAUGAAAGGGGGUUACGAGAUGCAGCUGGUAGUCCUGCUCUGGUGAUAGAUGACGAUAAGAACUACAACACGACACCCGCUUUCAUUCGACCACGAACGACCACAGAAAUUCUGCGAAAGCAUUUGCGGAAGUCGGCAGAGGACGAGGGUAAUGCCGGCUCGCCCUCCUCCAGCCCAUCAAGAGGCACAGCCGCUAGUCGGAGUCCUACAGGUCUCGGCUUUCGACGCUUGCAUUUUGGGAGUAGCCCAGACCUUGAGGCAGAGAACCAAGUCACACUGGUCCCACUCGAACAGCAUGUUGCGGUCACGAAAAUUCAGCGUUUUCGGCGCUACCUCGCCAAGGCUCGCCGAGAGCGCCCCAAAAAUAGCAAGCAACGUGCGGCGAUCCGCGAUGGCCUGCACGAAGUGGUGCUUGGGCCGUGCGAUCCCUAG